AUGGCUCAUAGUUACCAGAGAAAACUUCCGGCUUCAGCCUCUGCCACUGAAUCAGAUGUGGCGUACAAGAUGGCUACGAUGUUUCCGUCAGCCGUCGAGCGGGUGGUGCUCUGCUGUGCCGGCGUGUGCCUCGAGGAGAGGGAUCUCGCCGAGGGCCUCUUUGUCGUUUCAAACGCGGAUGACGCGGUGGAGAUCCUUUUGCCCCAGUCACCGGAAAAGCUUCGUCAGCUCGUCCGGCUGUAUUUCGUCCACCCACCGCGCAUAAUGCCAUCUUGCUUCCUCCGGGACUACAUACAGGUGAUGUGCACAGUUUAUGCAAAAGAGAAGAUAGAGUUACUUCAUGCUUUAAUCUAUGAAAGAAAACACUUGGUCCUUCUAGAGAUUGCACAGGCAACCUUGAUAGUUUGGGGCGAGAAAGAUCGAAUUUUUCCUUUAGAGUUGGGUCACAGAUUAAAGAGACAUUUAGGAGAUAGAGCUCAGCUAGUAGUCAUCAGGAAUGCUGGGCAUGCUGUUAAUCUUGAGAAGUUCAGAGAAUUUUGUGAGAAUAUAAUCAAAUUCUUCCAUGAUUCUUCCUUCAAUGAUCACAAUUGGCAGAAGGUUGAUUCUGAAGUUAUGAGAGUGGAGUGA